CACGUCUGUGUUGCACAUAUCACAAACGGCAAAUCUAUCCGAAUCCGCCGAGCUUCACUAGCGUCGGUCGACCAGUGCAAGCGUCGAACGCUGGGACGGCAGGCCAUCCGUGAUCACAGCAGGGGCUCCCUUCACCCACUGCCCCUCGUGCCGUACAGCCCCACGGCCGUCCUCGAGCUUGCCUCUGCCGUGGGGCUCGCCGUUGAGGGUCUGACCGGUGUACCGCAUCUUGCCGUCUUGGCCCCAUGGGUGGCGCGUCAUCUCCCCCUCGCCGUGCAUCUUGCCAGCCACCCAGCCGCCCGUGUAUGUUUGGUUGCUGUUCACGUCGUACAGCGUGCCCUGGCCGUGCCUCUUGCUGCAUAUCCACUGCCCGUCGUACUCCACGUCGCCGUUUGCCUGGUGGCUCGUGCCCUGACCGUUGUAGUGGUCCUGCUUCCACUGACCACUGCACUUCGCUGGGUUGCUUUGGCUGUUGUAGUACCAGUAGUAGCUGGUGCCGGCCCCCUGGCGACAGCCCGCCCUCCAUUCUCCCUCGUAUAGCUUGCGGCUCCCGUCCACUGUCCGCAGCACCCCCGCCCCGUCAGGUUUGCCGCCGAGCAGGGACCCGUAGUAAAGCCGGCCACCCCACACAAUCGUCUUGGGGACGAGCGGGCCACCAUCGGACUCCUCCCGACGAGCCAGCUGAGCCGCAAGCUCCUGGCUGCGUGCCUCCGCCUGACGACGCCGCUGCUCCGCCUGAUCGUGCCUCUGCCGAGAGGCAUCACGCUCUGCUCGGUACUCGUCCCUCUGCCGCUGCACCUCCUCAAUCAGGCGCUGCUGUGUCCGCUGCUGCUCCAGCAGCUGCUGCCGCACCAUCUCUGCACUGAUGUCACCGACCUCAGAUGACGCCGACGUCGACGUCACAGCCGAGUCCUGGACCCGCUGGGCCUCGAGGUCCCUGAUCUGGGCCUGCGCCUGUCGGUUGCGCUGCUCCGCCUCAUCCAGCCGCCGCUUGUAGGCAUCGAGCUCACCCCUCAAUUCAUCACGCUGCCUGGUGAGCUCCUCGAUGAGCUUCUGCUGUGUGUGGGGUUGGUCUUGGGAGAGGGCGAGGAGCACAUCGGUGCCCAUCGUCACCACAGAAGGCGACGCACCUUCCGCGAACACCACCGACAUGGGAAGAUAUCCA